AUGGAACAUCCUUUACCUCACCUCAUCAUUGGAGACAGCGGCGCAGAGAUAGCAGAGCGAGCGAGCGAGCGAGCGAGCGAGGACGAGCGAGCGAGCGAGCGAGCAGCGAGCAUCGAGCGAUGGAGUGAGCGAGAGAGCGAGGAUCGAGAUAGCGAGCGAGCGAGACGGCAGCGAGCGAUGCGAGACGUCGUUCGGCGAGCGACCGAUAUAGAUACUGAAAUAGCAUAUAUCGCAGCCUACAAAUAUAUAUUGCGCUGAGAUGUAGAUAUAUCUUCUAUAUCUAGAUAUCGAUAUCGCGGCGAAAUAUCUCUAUAUCGCUAUCUCAGAUCUCAUAGCUAUAUAUCCUCUAUCUCUAUCUAUCUCUAUCUCUAUCGCUCUCGAUCAAUAUCUAUCUCUCUCUCUCUCUCUCAUCUCUGCUCUCUCUCUCUCUCUCUCUCUCUCUCUCGCUCUCUCUCGUAUCUAUCUCUCUCUUCUCAUGCUCUCUCUAUCUAUCUCUCUCUCUCACUCUCUCUCUAUCUAUCUCUCUCUCUCUCUGUCUCUCGCUCUCUCUCAAUUUCAAUUUAAGGGCUUUAUUGGCAUGGGAAACGUGUGUUAACAUUGCCAAGGCAAGUGAAGUAGCUAGUAAAUAAAAGUGAAAUAAACAAUAAAUAUUAACAGUAAACAUUACACUCAGAAGUUCCAAAAGAAUAAAGACAUUUCAAAUGUCAUAUUAUGUAUAUAUACAGUGUUGUAACAAUGUGCAAAUAGUUAAAGUACAAAUGGGAAAAUAAAUAAACAUAAAUACGGUAUGUAUUUACGAUGGUGUUUGUUCUUCACUGGUUGCCCUUUUCUCUCUCUCUCAUUCACACACACACUAUCACACUAUCACCCAUUCACACACACACACACACACACACACACACACACACACACACACACACACACACACACACACACACACACACACACACACACACACACACACACACACACACACACACACACACACACACACACACACACACACACACACACACACACACAAACACUCACACACACACACUAGGGCUAACAUUCUGAACAGCAACAUGCAACCAGCUCUUAAGUAAGCUUCAGUAAGCUUUUAAAGUGUCACCAUGAGGCCAUUUCCUUGUGUUCCAGGCAAAUGUAAAUACAACAGUGAAUGGAUCAAUAUCUGUGUGAUCCUGUAGUCUAUUUGUCAACCUGUGAGCCUAAAACAAUCCUUUAAUGGCAAUUUCCUGUCAGGCUAGGAGCCCUCUCAUACCUGUCUUCCACUUAAAGCUGCACUUAACAGUGAUUCUGUCCAUGCAGCGUUUCUGAAGGGUCGAUGGGUUCAAAGCUGCAGAUCGGAGGAAAGAGGGAAUGUUUCUGUUGUUGAUGACUUGGAUCACAGCAGAGCGCAGAGACAAAGCAUGCGUCCCAAAUGGCGCCCUGUUCCAUAUAGUGCACUCCUUUUGAAGGGCCCUGGUUAAAUGUAGUGCACUAUAAAGGGACCAGGGUGCCUUUUGGGACGCGUCCAAAUCCCUGGCUAAACACAUAUUAGCAGGUACCAUCGACAAGCACCAAAUGAGUAUUUUAGUAGAUAGGGGCUGUGUUGUGUGUGAUAUCCUUACUGGGUGGUAGUUUCCUGGACUCUCAUUGAAGUGCAAGUACAAAUUACGCCUUGAGGCAGUAUACACAGUGACCUAUUUGUAAUGAAAUAAGAUACAAUUUCCACCAGCCCUUGUCAUUUUUCACUGUUUGAUUGUCUAUUGUUCUAAGUGGGUCUUAGAUAUAAUCCUGAUCGCUUGUUGCUUUUAUAAGAGCAAUUACAGUGACAGCCUAAACGGUACAUUAUGAUUCAUAUCUCUGAGAACAAUGCGAUACAAUAACAAUAGUAUCAUCAGACUUAUGAUACAAGUUCAUUUCAACGAUAUUAAAACCACUAAGUUUUCUAGGCAUAGUAUUUCAUGUGAUAAUGUUUGUGUCUGUUCACUGAUGCCAAAAGAUUUUCUCUACUUGCCCAAGAAUUACCGACACGCAUUUACCUGACAGUCAUCACAGCAGUCAUCCACACGAGAGAGAACAUUUCACAAUGAAUAUGAAUUUGCCAUCCAGCAACAUCGGUAACGUUUCUAUAAUAUCAUUUCAUGGCGGUGUGGAGAGGAGCCAGCGUCAAUAGCUGGGGAAUUGGAAACCCUGGUGAUAAUGUGUGUUUCCUAAAUGGCACCGUAUUCCCAUUAUAGUGCACUACAUUUGAACAAGGCCCCAUAGGGCUCUGGUCAAAACUAGUGCACUAUAUAGGGAAUAGGGUGCCGUUUGGGACAAAGGUAAUGUGUGCACUAUCCUGCCAUUCUUCAGGUCCGUUUGGAGAGGACAAUUACUUUAAUGCACUUCACAAUGCGGAAUAAAGAAAAGGUAAUUUCACAUGGGAUUCAUCUCGGAAUGGAUUCUCUCCUUUGUUGAAUUAUUGAUUUUCUCUGAAAGAAAGAGAGAAAGAGAUUAGGAAUGUUUUGUUCUGGGCAGUGGACAAACUAUAGUGUGUCUUCUUAACAUGCUGAAGGAGCCCAGCCCACCAAGUUAUUAUCUAUAUGUCCUUGAAGACAUAUAGCAGAACUUUAAGUCAUGCUUGGGACUAGUAAGAGAGAAAAAAAACAUACAAUAGAUUAUGUCAUCUUACUCUAGGCCCAGGAUAAGUCCCACCCAACUAGAAUGGAGCUGCUCACAUGAUGUGAUUGUGAAGUGUCCUGUCCAGUUUUUAUUGUGUUCUCUCUGAGCAUUUAAUAAUAAUAUUGGAUAGCAUUUAUUUGGCUUUUUUCACUAGGUCUCAAAGCAUUGCACUGCAUCAUACUAACUAACCCUGUACCACCACCAAUUUGUAGAACCCACUUGGGUAAUUCAGGGCAGCCAAUUUGUGUUAUGCCAGUCCUCACAAAACAUACUGUCACAGUGGAGAGACUGUGCUAAUUUGGACCAGGGGAUUUCUCUUCCUGACUUGUCACUCAAUGGCUCAACAACAACGUCUGUGGUUUGGCAUAGCUGGUUUUCUAUUGCAUUUAUUUGCUUGAUAAAACCUAACCUUUACAUACCCCUGUUUUCCUCCUAUGUCUCUGAGUCAUGUCAGAGCACCACCAUUGUGUACAAGGCAGAGCAGAGUAGAACAGAGCUGCAGAGAUGGCCUGCUGAAGGCCGCUGUCCCCAAAACAGAACACAGCUGUAGAGCUGGAGCAUGAAGGCCACUGUCCUGUCCACAGUUUUUCUAUUUUCUUCUCAUAUGCCUAGGUCCAGUCAGACCACCACCAUUGUUGUUUAGAGCAGUGGUUCCCAAACUGUGGGGUGCGCCCCUCAUGCACAAGGUGCAAUUACAAAAUUGGGUUGUGCAUCAUCAGUUCCUCUUGUCAUGUUAGUCAUUGCAUACCUUAGAGAGCUAUUUAUAACUUGUCAGAAAUGUCCAGAUCAACUAGCCCAUGUCAGCUAACGUUUUGUAUUUAGGUUUUCCCCAAUGCUGGAAGGGGGACCCCAAGUGAAAAAGUUUGGGAAAGACUGAGCCGCAGCCAUCCCCUGAAGGCCACUAUCCUGGUCUGUCCCUCCUGUUAAUUAUGCCAUCAUUUAUGGAUGUAAUUGAAUGAUGAAAACAAACUGCUCCUUCCAGCUAAACCACCCAUGAAGCAAUGAGCUUAUAACCAAUAUGGUUUAUUCCAGCAAAUGAUUCACUAUAGCCAGGGGAGGUUUAGAUAAAAGGCAACAGAGAGAAGUAGCUUGUGUUUUGGUGAGAUGCCAGAGUUCUGCAACCUACAUAGAAGCUAGAGCUAUAGAACAUGAGGCUAACAUUUGAAAAAGAUGUUCAAUGUUUUUCUUACAUUUAAAACCAUACUUUUGUAAUAUGUCUGUGUAGCUACAACGUUAUUUCUGAAAACAUUUCUGAAACGGUCUUAAGUUCUUCAAGUUCUCACCUCCGUUUUUUAUUUAUAGAAAGUUUAUUUGAGGUAGUUCUCUCAAAUGAUAUUCUUUGUUGAUAGUUCAUCACUUGUAGCCUACAAAAAUAGCAAAUUACAAUUAAUAUAGUAGUUUCCCACCAAAAGUAUUGCAAUAACCAAGAAACAAUUUCAAAUGUGUCUAAAUGAUUGAACUGAAAGUAGAGAACGAUAUUGACUGUACUGUAUGAUAAUAUACAGUGAGAAUACAAAACAUUAAGAACAUAGACUGAUCAGUGAAUCCAGGUGAAAGCUAUGAUCCCUUAUUGAUGUGUAGAUCAAUCAGUGUAGAUGAAGGGGAGGAGGUUAAAGAAGGAUUUUUAAGCCUUGAGACAAUUGAGACAAGGAUUGUGUAUGUGUGCCAUUCAAAGGGUGAAUGGGCAAGACAAAAAAUUUAAGUGACUUUGAAAGGGGUAUGGUAGUAGGUGCCAGGUGCACCGGUUUGUGUCAAGAACUGCAACGCUGCUGGGUUUUUCACAUUCAAAAGUUUCCCAUGUGCAUCAAGAAUGGUCCACCACCCAAAGGACAUCCAGCCAACUUGACACAACUGUGGGAAGCUUUGGAGUCAACAUGGGACAGCAUGUUUGACACCUUAUAGAGUCCAUGCCCUGACGAAUUGAGGCUGUUCUGAGGGCAAAAGGGGGGGUGCAACUCAAUAUUAGGAAGGUGUUCCUAAUGUUUGGUAUACUUAGUGUAUGUUGCUAAUAGUGCAACAGACCACAUUAAUGCAAUAUAUUGCCCCACUCCAAUCACCUCCAAUCCUACUCAACAAAUAAGUCUAAAUGAGAGUCUACAUGUAAGUGGCUGGAUCCAUUAUUAAUGGGAACAGAUUGGUAGGACUCCAGUGCAUGUAUUGAUUCCUGGCUCCAAAUUGCCUGUUAGUAAUGUUCUCUGAGUGGGAAAUGGGUCGCUGGGUCUAGCUUCUUGAUUGCUGUCCGGUCCACUGCAGUUUUGCCUACACUCACUCAUUCAGCAUGUGCGAGUCCCAUAUUCCCUAUAUAGGGCACUACUUUUGACCAGAGACUUAUGGGCCCGGCCUGAUCAAAAGUAGUGCACUACACUUAGAAAAAAGGGCUCCAAAAGGGUUCUUUGCUGUCCCCAUAGGAGAACCCUUUUUGGUUCCAGGUAUAACCCUAUGUGGUUCCAUGUAGAACCCUCUGUGGAAACGGUUGUACAUGGAACCCAAAAAGGGCUCUCCUAUGGGGACAGCAAAGAACCCUUUCAGGUUCUAGACAGCACCUUUUUUUCUAAGAGUGUAUUUUUUUUACAUUUUAGUCAUUUAGCAGACACUCUUAUCCAGAGCGACUUACAGUUAGUGAGUGCAUACAUUUUUCAUACUGGCCCCCGUGGGAAUCAAACCCACAACCCUGGCAUUGCAAGCGCCAUGCUCUACCAACUGAGCUACAGGAGGGCCAGUGUAUGUAGGGAAUAUGGUGCCAUUUGGGGCACAGGCAGUGUAAUGGCUGUUCUGGUCAUUCAGUAUUCACUCCAUUCUGGAGAAAUACAGUGAAGCUGGUACUGUAGCUCUAUGGGGUUGUUGUGUUAUUUUUGAUGCAGAGGUAUUUUCUGGUGUUGAGCUGCAGGCAGGCAGGCCUCAUGCUUAUUCAGGAGAGAUAGCUAGAGAGAGAGAGAGAGAGAGCGUGGUAGAGAGACGAGAAGAGAGAGAAGAGAGAGAUGAGCAGAGGCGAGAGGCGCAGAGAGAGUGAGAGAGAGAGAGAGAGAGAGGAGAAGAGAAGAGAGAGAGAGAGAGAUAGAGAGCAGAGAGAGAGAGAGAGGCGAGAGAGAGCAGAGAGAGGAGAGAGGAGAGCGAGGGAGAGAGAGGAGAGAGAAGAGGAGGAAGCAGAGGAGAGAGGAGAGAAGUGCAGAGAGGGACGAGAGAGCUAGAGAGAGAGAGAGGAGAGAGAGAUAGAGAGAGAUACGCAGAGGAGAGCGAGAGAGGAGAGAGAGAGAGAGAGGGAGAUCAGCGCAGACAGAGAGGGAGAGAAAGAGAGAGAGAAACUAGAGAGAUCUAGAAGAGGGCUUAUUAAGGAUCGAUAUCUCUCUUCUCUCUCUCUAUCUCUCUCUCUCUCUCUCUCUCUCUCUCUCUCUCUCUCUCUCUCUCGCUCUCUUUCUCUCCCUCUCUCCCUCGCUCUCUCGUUCCCAGGCUGUAGGGACAGAGAGCUAAUGUCACAGCUGCACUCAAACUCCCAGCUGUCCCUCUCUUUCUCUCUCUUCUCCUUCCACUCCAACACUGCACAGUCUGAUCAUAAAGAGCUUUCUUUCUCUUUGUUAUUGCUCAUUAAAGUUGAUUUAGUCAUCGUGAGACUAUUGUGGCAGAGCUGAGAUAUUUACCACAAGCAGAAGCAAUUAUGUGUGUGUGUGUGUGUUUACGUGCAUGCUUGUGUGCAUGCCUCCAUAUGUGUGUACUUUGUACCUACGUGUGUACGUACGCAUGCAUGCCACCUCGGUUCGUUCCCUCUUCACAGACUUCCAGAUUACAUUAUUGCAAAGGUAAACUGCGGCUGGGCUCUGAAUUCCCUGUGCCUCUUUAACUGCUCAGGCGUAAAGCAUUAGGAUAUGCAUGAUUAGAUAAAACACAGGCUAAACAGAGGGACUCUAUGGAGGGGAGUGGUCCACAGCAUUAACCACUGGCUGUUCUGCUGAUGGGACUGUGGCUGCGUCUCAAAUGUCACCCUAUUCCCUAUAUAGUGCAUUAAUUUCUACCAGGGCCCAUAGGGUAGUGCACUAUAUAGUGAAUAGGGUACCAUUUGGGAUGCACCCUGUGUGUGCUGACUGUGGUGCUGUAGAGAUAUGUCUGCUAUCACACUCAGCCCCUAUAGUACCACUACAGGCUGCAGCAGUGUGUGUGUGUGUGUGUGUGUGUGUGUGUGUGUGUGUGUGUGUCUGUGUGUGUGUGUGUGUGUGUGUGUGUGUGUGCAUAGUGAAGUAGCCUGAGACAGGUGUGUGUCAGUGAGAGACUCCAUCACAGUGAGUACAGUAGCUAAACAUCCUUCCCACUGCAGAAUGAUAUUUCACUAGACUGAGCGGAGCAGAGCUACCAUCGUCCUGGAUAAUGUCUUAGGAUGCUUCUGCAGGGAGGGCUAAACACAAUGUUUCCUUGCCUCAUUUGGUUUUAUAGCUGGGCUCCUGCUAAAGUCCAUGACACCUCAUCUCACAGGCCUCUAACAGCUUCUCUAGAUGCACUGCAUACCAAUGGAUCAGUCUGCCUGUCUACUGGCUACAGAAGAAGAGACAUUAUGCUAUUUAGCAGAUGUUUCUAUCCAAAGUUAUACGGUACAGUAGGGGUAGGUAACCCUGUUCCUGGAGUGCCGCAAGUACUGCAGGAUUUUGUCCCAACUAGGCACCACACUGAGCUACUUAGAUAAUUGUUCAGUUCAGUGAUUCAACACACCUGGUCUUCCAGGUCGGUUAAAUAAAAAAGUGUAUUCGGCACUCCAGGACCAGGGUUGUCUACCCCUGCAGUAAAGUUAGUACAUACUGUACAUUGUUAGAACAAUAAUGCUUUCUGAAUCUGAAUAUGUUUUUGUACAUGUGUCUGUGUGCCCUGCGGGAAUUGAACCCACUACCUUGGCAUUGCUAGUGCCAUGCUCUUAACAACUGAGCAACACAGGACCUUCAGAACAUGCAGCUCGGGCUACUGUACUGUCUGUUUAUACUACACCCCAUGGGUUCAGGAUCAAAUGUCAUUGGCUGUGUGUCCUCCGGAACAAGAAGUGCACAACUCUGCCCAUACCAACCCUAAGCGGUCCUCAGACAGCAGUGUGUGUUUUAGGCAGGCAGUCUUUUGGGCAGCUUUUAUGUUGAUCCAUUCCGUUUUGUCAUUGUUGAUGUGUUAGAGAUCCAACUAAUCUAUACAAACUUUUCCAUCUGUCUCAUUAUAUAUUCUGAUGAAGGGAUUAUUAUUUUGGGUGCCACUGUACUGUGCAAUAUGUUGGUGUGUAGCUAGAAGUUAAAAUGUGGAGAGGGAGUUCAAUUGUAUUCUAGUACGUGGAAAUUACCCCAAAUCAUCUGGCUGCCAUUUUAACAGACAUAACAUGUUAUAAUAUGCCUUGCACCAAACAUCUGCCACUAAUGAAAUCACAGUAAAACAGCUUAACUAUAAAUUCUGAUAAUUGCUACACUACAGACUUGAACUGAAUCCAGUGAGAUACUCCCCAGAAAUACAGGAUCGAUUAGUGGCCUUUUUCUGAUAAGGUGAAUCACAUUUAAGCUCAAAUUGAAUCUAUUUAUGAUUAAAUGAUGAUCAUACGAUUAAGUAUUUAUUACUUUGGAGACAGCAGCCCCUGUUCUCUCUGAACACAUAAUAAUGUGUUAUUCAACUUUUUCCUUAUGGCCCGUCCUUGAAGAAUGUAUAUAGGAGGUCAAACGUUCUUCUCCCUCCUCUCUCCCUAUAUCUCUCACCGCUCUCUUUCUUUCUCAUAAAGAAGACAUUCAGCAUAGUCACGUAAUGUAGUGGAGAGAACAUUCACAGCUGUCAGUCAUUUUACAUUUUAGUCAUUUAGCAGACGCUCUUAUCCAGAGAGACUUACAGUUAGUGCAUACAUUUUUCAUACUGGCCCCCGGUGGGAAUCGAACCAACAACCCUGUUCUACCAACUGAACUACACGGGGCCAUGGAAGCGUGGGGCUGAAGGAGAGAAGGAGCAGAGCACAGAGCAAGUUUUCCAUUUAGAAUGUCAUGGCCCAUGGGUCAGGCCAUUGUGACCAUGGAAAAUAAAUAGCUAAAUACGUCUUCUCAACCUCGAUCCCCCACCGUGUCCCUCAGAUUGAGAACCUAAGUCACCGUUGCCGCCUCUGUGACUCUCUCUUUCUUUCUGUCUUUUCUCUUUCUCUUUUUCACUCUAUCUCGCUACCCUCUCUCUCUCUUGAUCUCCAUCUUAAUCUCUCUCUCUUUUUUUCUCUCUCUCGCUCUUCCUCGGUUCACACUGGAGCAUGUAUAUGGGGUGCUGGUUCACCGUCUGUAGGGGUGUGGGGCAUCAGGGGGGUUCUAUGCACAAUGGACGAGGAGGGGGGUUGGGUUCUAGCUUUUUACGUUCGUUAAGAUGAAGUAAAGUUUGUGGUUGUAAUGAUGAACUAUUGGGCCAAUAAAGGUAUUUUAAAAUAAAACAGUCUCUAUUCCUCUUGAUAUUGAUCUAAAUAUCUUUCUCUCUUUCUCUUUACUCUUGCUAGCUCUAUCUUAUUUUCCUCUAAAAUUGUGUUUUAAAGGACAACCUUGUCCUCCUGAAUACUGGCCACUCCCAUUCCCGGUCUCAUCACCUUCCUUCUCCCUCUUAUGUACUAACCAAUAGAGCCCUUCCUAGAUGGCCAUUUUGAAGUUGUUGUUGUUGUGACAUUGUGCCAGUAGCGAAUAUUGAUUCAACACCCCGGUGGACUGCAGAUGAUUUUAUUUGAGGACAAAUAUAGGAGUAGAGGUAGCUGGCAGACAGACAGACAGACAGACAGACAGACAGACAGUGGUAUCUAUCUAUCCUGUCCCUUAGAGACUGGGCUGUGUUCUUGUUUCUUUAAGCCUGGGUUCAUGCAGGGGGAAACUCGGUUCCCUAGUGGAAUUACACACUAUUGCCCAUGGUGGUGCACUGCUUCAGUCAUGCUGUUACUGUAGUUCCCUCAAUAUGGUGGGUUUAUUAAGAACGAUUGUCGCUUUCUCAUUUAGGUUAAGAUGAAACAAAUCAGACUGUCAAACAGAAGGCACUUACAUCGGUCUAGGCAGGUAGCUUAGCGGUUACGUGUGUGGCCAAUAACCAAAAGGUUACUGGUUCAAAUCCCUGAGCUAACUAAGUGAAACAUCUGUUGAUGUGCCCUUAACCCUAGUUGUUGUUCUGGAUAAGAGUGUUUGCUAAAUGUACACUGAGUGUACAAAGUGUUAGGAACACCUGCUCUUUCCAUGACAUAGGCUGACCAGGGGAAAGCUAUGAUCCCUUAUUGAUGUCACUUGUUAAAUCCAAGUCAAUCAGUGUACAUGAAGGGGAGGAGACAGGUUAAAUAAGUAUUCUUAAACCUUGAGACAUGGAUUGUGUAUGUGUGCCAUUCAGAGGGUGAAUGGACAAGACAAAAUAUUUAAGUGCGUUUGAACGGGGUAUGGUAGUAGGUGCCAGGCGCACCGGUUUGUGUCAAGAACUGCCACAGUGCAGGGUUUUUCAAGCUCAACAGUUUCCCGUGUGCAUCAAGAAUGGUCCACCACCCAAAGGACAUCCAGCCAACUGUUGGAAGCAUUGGAGUCAACAUGGGCCAGCAUCCAUGUGGAAUGCUUUCGACACCUUGUAGAGUCCAUGUCCCAACGAAUUGAGGCUGUUCUGAGGGGAAAAUAUUAGGAAGGUGUUCCUAAUGUUAUGUCCAGUGUAUUUCUCAUUCCCCUCUGAGUGGUGAGAGAGCGAGAGAGAGAGCGCUGUGGCUGCGAUAUCACCAUAGCUGUGCCUAGGCAGGGUGUAAUUAUUUCCCAAUAUGUGAUACCCAGUUUAAUUGCUAUUCCUCCAUAGGGAUCCCACUCACUGUGUUGUAUACACACAGCUAUACAUACCUAUUAGAGAGAACGGUUAGACAUGGAGUGUUGUCUUUGAUGUUGAUGAUGAAAUGAAUUCUACAUUACUUCAUGGGAUUUGUCAUAGCCCUAGCAGUGUGGGUUUAGGGCUUAGUGUAGUUCUAACGGACAGUAUUGUUGGCCUCUUGGUUAGUAUGUAGUCACAAAGGGAAACAAUAUUAGUUAAACUAGUAUUGACAGCCAUUAUGGAUGGGGCCAAUUUACAGGGAAACAGGGUGCCAUUUGAGACCAUGUGGGUAACUACACUACAGAUGUGUGUAACUACACUACAGAUGUGGAUAACUACACUACAGUCGGCUAUGCCUCACUACUAGGGUUGAAUGGCGGGAACCCGGUUACCGAGAUUUACCGGGAUUUACAGCCCAAAACCACUCCCUUUUCCCGGGAUAAAUAACUGCGAGAAACUGGUAAAAUAUAAUAAAUGAUUGAUAUGAAAAGCAUGGCGUGUAAUGGAACUGUUAAAUUAGAUGCAAUGUCUAAAUCUGGCUUCUCUACAGCCUCUGCAUGAUGAAUCAAAGUUCAGGGUGGGGACAGACAGCCCAUCUCAGUAUGGAGCGCAGUUUACAAUGCAUGUAGACCUACAGUAUCAUCUCAUCAUGUUAACUUUUUUUCUUGUGACAGCUAGGCCUACAUUUGCUGCAGCAACAGUAAUACAGUGGGGGGGGGGAAUUAUUUAGUCAGCCACCAAUUGUGCAAGUUCUCCCACUUAAAAAGAUGAGAGAGGCCUGUAAUUUUCAUCAUAGGUACACGUCAACUAUGACAGACAAAAUGAGAAUUUUUUUUCCAGAAAAUCACAUUGUAGGAUUUUUAAUGAAUUUAUUUGCAAAUUAUGGUAGAAAAUAAGUAUUUGGUCAAUAACAAAAGUUUCUCAAUACUUUGUUAUAUACCCUUUGUUGGCAAUAACACAGGUCAAACGUUUUCUGUAAGUCUUCACAAGGUUUUCACACACUGUUGCUGGUAUUUUGGCCCAUGCCUCCAUGCAGAUCUCCUCUAGAGCAGUGAUGUUUUGGGGCUGUCGCUGGGCAACACGGACUUUCAACUCCCUCCAAAGAUUUUCUAUGGGGUUGAGAUCUGGAGACUGGCUAGGCCACUCCAGGACCUUGAAAUGCUUCUUACGAAGCCACUCCUUUGUUACCCGGGCGGUGUGUUUGGGAUCAUUGUCAUGCUGAAAGACCCAGCCACGUUUCAUCUUCAAUGCCCUUGCUGAUGGAAGGAGGUUUUCACUCAAAAUCUCACGAUACAUGGCCCCAUUAAUUCUUUCCUUUACACGGAUCAGUCGUCCUGGUCCCUUUGCAGAAAAACAGCCCCAAAGCAUGAUGUUUCCACCCCCAUGCUUCACAGUAGGUAUGGUGUUCCUUGGAUGCAACUCAGCAUUCUUUGUCCUCCAAACACGACGAGUUGAGUUUUUACCAAAAAGUUCUAUUUUGGUUUCAUCUGACCAUAUGACAUUCUCCCAAUCCUCUUCUGGAUCAUCCAAAUGCACUCUAGCAAACUUCAGACGGGCCUGGACAUGUACUGGCUUAAGCAGGGGGACACGUCUGGCACUGCAGGAUUUGAGUCCCUGGCGGCGAGUUUGUUACUGAUGGUAGGCUUUGUUACUUUGGUCCCAGCUCUCUGCAGGUCAUUCACUAGGUCCCCCCGUGUGGUUCUGGGAUUUUUGCUCACCGUUCUUGUGAUCACUUUGACCCCACGGGGUGAGAUCUUGCGUGGAGCCCCAGAUCGAGGGAGAUUAUCAGUGGUCUUGUAUGUCUUCCAUUUCCUAAUAAUUGCUCCCACAGUUGAUUUCUUCAAACCAAGCUGCUUACCUAUUGCAGAUUCAGUCUUCCCAGCCUGGUGCAGGUCUACAAUUUUGUUUCUGGUGUCCUUUGACAGCUCUUUGGUCUUGGCCAUAGUGGAGUUUGGAGUGUGACUGUUUGAGGUUGUGGACAGGUGUCUUUUAUACUGAUAACAAGUUCAAACAGGUGCCAUUAAUACAGGUAACGAGUGGAGGACAGAGGAGCCUCUUAAAGAAGAAGUUACAGGUCUGUGAGAGCCAGAAAUCUUGCUUGUUUGUAGGUGACCAAAUACUUAUUUUCCGCCAUAAUUUGCAAAUAAAUUAAUUAAAUAUCCUACAAUGUGAUUUUCUGGAUUUUUUUUCUCUCAAUUUGUCUGUCAUAGUUGACGUGUACCUAUGAUGAAAAUUACAGCCCUCUCUCAUCUUUUUAAGUGGGAGAACUUGCACAAUUGGUGGCUGACUAAAUACUUUUUUUCCCCACUACUUUUUUCCCCCCCAUAGACCAAAUUCGUGUCUGAUUUACCCAUCUCCAUCUGGCUUUCGGGUAUCACCUUAUUUUUUAAUUGUAAAGAAUGUAAAUUUUUUAUUGCAGCUGCAGAGUUUUAAAACAGCCUAUCACUCGAAUAUCAUUGCUUUAAAUCAGUGCACACGCGAGCACUCUUGCGGUCUUUCUCUCUCUCCAUCAACUCCAUUCAAAUUACAUCCAAAAUAGAUAAUCGUGUUCUAGAUUGAUAUAUAGCCCUAUAUAUAGAUGUCCUAGCCUACCUCUUUCAGGUAAAAAAUUCAAUGCAGUAUUAGCCUUAUAUUUAGCUAAUUAAUUAUGGGUUAUGCAUAAUAAGCUUAUAAUUUAUAGCCGCUGUCUCUUGCGCAAUACGCAACCACCUGUGCUCCGCUGGUCUCUCUUUAAAAAACGCUCCUUAGCUCUUGGAGUCCCAUGCACAAAAAGCUAGACUAUAAUAGCUUACUGGACAUUCUUUUUAUAGCAUUUCUUGUACCAAUAGACUAUUCGAAGAUGGAUGCAAGCUCUUUUUUGCUGAAUGUUAACAAUAGCAGCCAAUAGAACUCACAGGUAGUUUGAAAGAAGCACGAAUGUGCGAUGGCGGUAGGCUAUAGCAGUUAUUUGUUCAGACCCAUAACCACUCAAUCUUCGUGAAGAGAAGUGAAAUCCUUCUGCAUCUAAUUCUAGUCCUAUAUUUUUCAAGGAUGUCAUUAGAAUGAUGAAGAUAAGGACAGCAAAACUUAUUGGAGGUAGGCUAAUAACAUUAGGAUAAACAUUAUGAACGGUAUAUAAGUCUAUGCGUCAGCCUACCUCCAAUAUAUUUCUAAAUGAAAAUGAUUAAUUUAAAUUCACUAGCCUAUAAUUGUAGUCCGCAUGUGCUGCACCAGAAUCGCAUGUUCUCAUUUGCUUUAUCAUGGUUUGAACAAUGUGCGUAAUUCCAGUCCAUAUAAUACAGUAUAAUACAAUACAGUACUCAAAAAGAUUAGCCUACUGGAGCUAGUUUCAUUUAUUUACCUGAGAGAGUAUAUAGCUAGUUACAUCAAUGGGCUUUUAUGUUUUUAUAGGCUACUGCGUAAUGUGCAGUAGCCUAUAUCAUAUAUGUAUUGGAUAACUGCACAAUCAUUUUGACUUUUUUGGGCUUGGGUUAGGGUUAGGGUUAGGGUUAGGGUUAGGGUUAAAAUGCAUUUAAUAUAUGGCUCAUCAGGCUCAGGUAGCAUCAGGUUAGAAUUUUCAUGCUGAUCAAAGUUCUAGUCAAAUCCAGACAUAUUUAUAUGUUUUAUAAUGCUUUUGAAUGACACUUCUGCUUUUGGCGGGAAAUACCGGGUUACCCGGAAGAGAAAAGUGAUUUAUUCUCGGGAUGGAACAUUUGUAAAAUACCGGGACAAUAUUCAACCCUACUCACCACCCCCUACAUCUAGCGCCUACACAUCACGUUUUAUUAACCCUUCCUUACCCUACAGAUACUGUGGCUGUCCCAAGUGUCACCCUAUUCCCUAAAUAAUGCCCUAUGGGCCCUGAUAAAAAGAAGUGCACUAUUUUUAGGGAAUAGGAUUCCAUUUGGGACACAGCCUGUAACUGCACCCUAACACAGAGAUACUGACAUACUCAUCCCUCCUGCUCUCUGAAAACAGACCUGAUUCCCCAAGGGCAGGCAUAGCUCUGCAUAAUGCAUCUACUACCAGGAACCGAGAUACACAUGUACACAUGCAUGCCAGCACACACACACACACACACACACAUACACACACACCCCCACACACACACACACACACAGAGAGAGACGUAGCUAGAGAACCCAGGCAGAAUACUGUAUGUUUUGUCGGCAUAUAUUUGUGAUAGCCCAGUGUGUGUGUGUGUGUGUGUGUGUGCAUGUGUUAGCCUGCAGCGGUGGUGCUCUGACGAGUUCAGUGGAAUAUUUAAUUACAUCUCUGUCUCAUCAUUAUCCCUCUAAUGUUUGUUGCCAUGGAGCUUUAAUAUGAUGGUGUGUCAUCCCAGACAGUUAAUUGUGUUCCGUUUGAUACCCCCUCCUCUGAGAUAUGAGACACAGACUGCAUCCUAAAUGACAUUCUAUUCCCUAUUUAGUGCACUACUUUAGUAGUGUACUACAUAGGGAAUAGGGUGCCUUUUGGGAGGAAGAGAGACUUGUUGUUCCUAAAUGGUCAAGCCUAUAGGGCUUGGGUUAAUCCCACAUGUUUAUUCAGGCACGAUAAAGGAGGAUAUUUAAGAUUUAUAUUAGUAUAUGCUAGUUUUGUAUCAUAAUUAAUGAGAGAGUCUUACAGGCACUGGAAGUGGUAUGUCAAGUACAGCAACAACCCAACACAUGACAGAAAGGACAGUACAGCACUGGACGGUUUUGGUUCGCAGGCUUUUUUGACUUGGUUUGGCUGCAGGCAGUUUGGUGUCAGUGGUGUCAGUGUCAGCUGCCAACUCCUGUGUUAUUGUUGUCUUUCUCUUUCUCUCUGUCUGGCCUUGAUGGUCCUAACGUCUACUUGGUACAGUCAGCAGAGGAUCAGCCUCCUCUCUGAUUCCUCAUUAGGUUUUGUCUUUCUAGGGAGUAGUAGAGUCGAGAAGGGUAGAGUAGAGUAUAGUAGAGCAGAGUAGAGUAGAGUAUUUAUUAUCCCAGAGGAGCAAUUCAUUUUGCAGCAUGUGUUAAACAACAUAAUGAACACUUGACAUUAAUAUACACCAAAACCAGUAUAUACAGCAAUAUGUACACUGCACACAAUACUACUACAGCUUGUUGAGGAAGCUGAUAGCAGCUGGGAUGAAGGAGAGUGUAGACCUGUUAGUUUUAAACUUAUGGAGCCUGUAUCUGCGCUCUGAGGGAAGCAUCGUAAAUUUGUCAAACAAAGGAUGCUGGGAGUCCCUCAGAAUGGAUUGCGCCUUGAGUAUGACUCGUGUCUGAUACACUUUGUUUCACAAUGUUACCUAACCCAUUCAUAGAUGCUAACUAGCGCCUAUUGACGAUAGUAUCUGCUGGCCGGAGGAGUUUUGCUAAAAGCCACGACGCUCGUUCUGAAUGUUAAAACGCAUCACUUGCGGUACGGUUUUGGAAACAUAAGGAAUGUAUCUUUCAUAUCAGCGAGAGAGAAAAAAUUCUAAAAACAAAAGGUUAAAUUACUACACACUUUUAUAGGGUUAGGAUUAGGAUUCCCACACGGCCAUAUUUCCAUGUUAUCGGAAGACAGAGGCAUCCCUGUGCUAAUUAGCUAUCUGCGUCUCCUAACACCUGUGUGUAAACGGAAGACGGACGCCACAAACGUGUUAUCACUGAAAAAACUGUCGGCUGCAACUGUGUUAAAACGGUUAAACAAUGUACAGUAAGUGUAUCUUUUGCAUUUGAGAUAAAAAAAAUAAAAUUAAAAGGGGGUGUUCACAUACUUUUGUAUAUAUAGUCUAUGAAAGUAGAGGGCUUUAUGUUUCUAGAACCGUACUGCAAUUGAUUAUCUGCGCUCUGAGGGGAGUUUUUCCAUGCCACUGUGCUGCUGCUUGCAAUUUGGGGUCUAGUGUGAAAUUUGAUUGAUGUACUUUAGUUGUCCUCUCUCUAUCUCUCUCUCUCCCAGGCAUGCCCAGUUUCAUCAAGUCUCCAGACGACCAGACAGGUAUUUCGGGAGGAGUGGCGUCCUUCGUUUGCCAGGCGGUGGGCGAUCCCAAGCCACGCAUCACCUGGAUGAAGAAGGGCAAGAAAGUCAGCUCUCAGCGCUUUGAGGUACAUGAUCUACUUUACUAUUGUAUUUUAUUUCUUUAUUUGACAAGGACGAUAUUGCACCAGAUUUGAGCUACAUAGCUACGUAAUUCUCAUCCAUAAAUGAGAAUGGAUGAGCUUGCCAGUACAGAAAUGUUAAGAAACACUGUAGGAAGCCCAAGCAGACAGAGUAGUCCUUUCCAAAUUACAUUAAUAGAUUCAUUCUUAUUCUAUGGGCGUACCCACAUGUUUCAAAGCACCACUCAACCACAUAGAUCAAAUAAAAAAAUCAAAUCACAUUUUAUUUGUCACAUGCGCCGAAUACAACAGGUGUAGUAGACCUUACAGUGAAAUGCUUACAAGCCCUUAACCAACAAUGCAGUUUUAAUAAUAAUAAUAAUAAUAUGCCAUUUAGCAGACGCUUUUAUCCAAAGCGACUUACAGUCAUGAAUACUAAAGAAAAUCACCAAAAAUAAAAAUAAAAAAAUAAAUAAAUAAAAGUAACAAAUAAUUAAAGAGCAGCAGUAAAAAUAACAAUAGCGAGGCUAUAUACAGGGUGUACCGGUACUGAGUCAAUGUGCUGGGGCACCGGUUAGUCGAGGUAAUUGAGGUAAUAUGUACAUGUAGGAAGAGUUAUUAAAGUGACUAUGCAUAGAUAAUAAACAGAGAGUAGCAGCAGCGUCUGGAUAGCCAUUUGAUUAGAUGUUCAGGAGUCUUAUGGCUUGGGGGUAGAAGCUGUUUAGAAGCCUCUUGGACCUAGACUUGGCGCUCCGGUACCACUUGCCAUGUGGUAGCAGAGAGAACAGUCUAUGACUAGGGUGGCUGGAGUCUUUGACCAUUUUUAGGGCCUGGUAUAGAGGUCCUGGAUGGCAGGAAGCUUGGCCCCAGUGAUGUACUGGGCCGUACGCACUACCCUCUGUAGUGCCUUGCGGUCGGAGGCCGAGCAGUUGCCAUACCAGGCCAUGAUGCAACCAGUCAGGAUGCUCUCAAUGGUGCAGCUGUAGAACCUUUUGAGGAUCUGACGACCCAUGCCAAAUCUUUUCAGUCUCCUUAGAGGGAAUAGGUUUUGUCGUGCCCUCUUUACGACUGUCUUGGUGUGCUUGGACAAUGUUAGUUUGUUGGUGAUGUGGACACCAAGGAACUUGAAGCUCAACCUGCUCCACUACAGCCCCGUCGAUGAGAAUGGGGGCGUGCUCAGUCCUCUUCUUUUUCCUGUAGUCCACAAUCAUCUCCUUUGUCUUGAUCACGUUGAGGGAGAGGUUGUUGUCCUGGCACCACACGGCCAGGUCUCUGACCUCCUCCCUAUAGGCUGUUUCGUCAUUGUCGGUGAUCAGACGAUGUUGUGUCAUCGGCAAACUUAAUGAUGGUGUUGGAGUCGUGCCUGGCCAUGCAGUCAUGAGUGAACAGGGAGUGCAGGAGGGGACUGAGCACGCACCCCUGAGGGGCCCCCGUGUUGAGGAUCAGCGUGGCGGAUGUGUUGUUACCUACCCUUACCACCUGGGGGGCGGCCUGUCAGGAAGUCCAGGAUCCAGUUGCAGAGGGAGGUGUUUAUUCCCAGGGUCCUUAGUGAUAAGCUUUGAGGGCACUAUGGUGUUGAACACUGAGCUGUAGUCAAUGAAUAGCAUUCUCACAUAGGUGUUCCAUUUGUCCAGGUGUGAAAGGGAAGUGUGGAGCGCAAUAGUGAUUGCAUCAUCUGUAGAUCUGUUGGGGCGGUAUGCAAAUUGGAGUGUGUCUAGGGUUUCUGGGAUAAUGGUGUUGAGGUGAGCCAUGACCAGCCUUUGAAAGCACUUCAUGGCAACAGACGUGAGUGCUACGGUUCGAUAGUCAUUUAGGCAGGUUACCCUAGUGUUCUUGGGCACAGGGACUAUGGUUGUCUGCUUGAAACAUGUUGGUAUUACAAACUCAGACAUGGAGAGGUUGAAAAUGCGGCCUUGUGAAUGUUGACCUAUUUAAAGGUCUUACUCACAUCGGCUACGGAGCGCGUGAUCACACAGUCGUCAUGCUUUGCCUGUUUGAUGGUUUGUCGGAGGGCAUAGCGGGAUUUCUUAUAUGCUUCCGGGUUAGAGUCCCGCUCCUUGAAAGCGGCAGCUCUACCCUUUAGCUCAGUGCGGAUGUUGCUUGUAAUCCAUGGCUUCUGGUUGGGGUAUGUACGUACAGUCACUGUGGGUAUGACGUAAUCGAUGCACUUAUUGAUGAAGCCAGUGACUGAUGUGGUGUACUCCUCAAUGCCAUCGGAAGAAUCCCGGAACAUAUUCCAGUCUGUGCUAGCAAAAGAGUCCUGUAGCUUAGCAUCUGCUUCAUCUGACCACUUUUUUUAUUGACGGAGUCACUGGUGUUAUUGACGGUGUCACAAGUUUUUGCUUGUAAGCAGGAAUCAGGGGAUAGAAUUAUGGUCAGAUUUGCCAAAUGGAGGUCGAGGGAGAGCUUUGUACGCGUCUCUGUGUGUGGAGUAAAGGUGGUCUAGAGUUUUUUCCCUCUGGUUGCACAUUUAACAGCUGGUAGAAAUGAGGUAAAACAAAUUUAAGUUUCCCUGCAUUAAAGUCCCCGGCCACUAGGAGCGCCACCUCUGGAUGAGCGUUUUCCUGUUUGCUUAUGGCCGAAAAAGUUCAUUGAGUGCAGUCUUAGUGCCAGCAUCGGUUUGUGGUGGUAAAUAGACAGCUACGAAGAAUAUAGAUGAAAACUCUCUUGGUAGAUAGUGUGGUCUACAGCUUAUCAUGAGAUACUCUACCUCAGGCGAGCAAAACCUCGAGACUUCCUUAGAUAUCGUGCACCAGCUGUUGUUUAUAAAUAUACAUAGACCGCCACCCCUUGUCUUACCAGAGGUUGCUGUUCUAUCCUGCCGAUACAGUGUAUAACCCGCCAGCUGUAUGUUAUUCAUGUCUUCGUUCAGCCACGACUCGGUGAAACAUAAGAUAUUACAGUUUUUAAUGUCCCGUUGGUAGGAUAUACGUGCCUGUAGUUCGUCCACUUUAUUAUCAAGCGAUUGUAAGUUGGCCAAUAGUAUCGAUGGCAAAGGCAGAUUAGCCACUCGUCGCCGGCUCCUUACCAAGCACCCCGAUCUCCUUCCGCGAUAUCUCAUUUUCUUUCUACUGCGAAUGACGGGGAUGUGGGCCCUGUCGGGUGUCUGGAGGAAAUCCCUUUCGUCCGACUCAUUAAAUAAAACAAUUUCUUCCAGUUCAUUUUACAUUACAUUUUAGUCAUUUAGCAGACGCUCUUAUCCAGAGCGACUUACAGGAGCAAUUAGGGUUAAGUGCCUUGCUCAAGGGCACAUUAACGUCAUUUAGCAGACGCUCUUAGCCAGAGCGACUCAUAAAUUGGUGCGUUCACCCUAUAGCCAGUGGGAUAAGUUCAAGGUGAGUAAUCGCUGUUCUGAUGUCCAGAAGCUCUUUUCGGUCAUAAGAGACGGUAACAGCAACAUUAUGUACAAAAUAAGUUACAAACAAUGCGAAAAAUCACACAAAAUAGCACGGUUGGUUAAGAGUCCAUAAAACGACAGCCAUCCCCUCCGGCGCCAUGUCAACACUUGAGAGAGAGUAUUGGAAAAGUCUGUUUGUCUGUGUCAGUUCAGUGACCACCUCCUCCUCUCGCUCUGUCUGCUUUUUCUUCCAGCAUCUGAAGCAAUGCGGAUGUAUGCCAUCCUGCUCAGACAAGGCAGGCAGACAGACAGACAGAGAGACAGACAGAGAGACAGACAGACAGACCAGGUAGGCAGGCAUACAGACAGACAGACCAGGUAGGCAGGCAAACAGACAGACAGACAGACAGACAGACAGACCAGGUAGGCAGGCAGGCAGGCAGGCAGGCAGGCAGACAGACAGACAGACAGACAGACAGACAGACAGACAGACAGACAGACAGACAGACAGACAGACAGACAGACAGACAGACAGACAGACAGACAGACAGACAGACAGACAGACAGACAGACAGACAGACAGACAGACAGACAGACAGACAGACAGACAGACCAGGUAGGCAGGCAGAAAGACAGACAGACAGACAGACAGACCAGGUAGGCAGGCUGACAUACAGACAGAGACAGACAGACCAGGUAGGCAGGCAUACAGACAGACAGGCAGACAGACCAGGUAAGUGGACAGACAGACAGACCAGGUAGGCAGACAGGCAGACAGACACAGACAGACAGACAGACAGACAGACAGACAGACAGACAGACAGACAGACAGACAGACAGACAGACAGACAGACAGACAGACAGACAGACAGACAGGCAUACGCUAAAAGCAGUAGCAGCAGGGAGGCCCAUUAGCUGCCAGCUAGUAGAAAUGGUUUCAAGUGAAGCGGUCUCAACAUGGGUCCUUCCACAGAUGCAGACACUCAGCUCACACUGACGUGAUUAAUAGGAAAUAUCUUCCACCUGUCUGCACGGCACUCCUCAAACUGAGCCCUGCUCUGUGUGCAGUCGUGUGGAGGUGUGGGAGAGCAUGGGAGAGCAGUGGGCCCAGGGGGAGAGAGGAGAGGAUCUGGGUUCAAAUAGUAUUUGAAAUCUUUCAAAUACUUUAGCAUUGCUUGAUUGAGCUUGCCUGGCGCAAUGGGACCAAGGGAAGAAUAGCCCCUUCAGUGAAAACCUAGCCUAUCUGGCACGCUAGGCAGGCUCAAGUGAACGCUCAAAGUGAUAGAAAUAUUUCAGAUACAGUUUGAACCCAGGUGUGCUCCUCUGAAUGUUCAGGAAUGUUCUCACUGUCAUGUGGAUGUUUAGGUCAACCACUUUCCACUGCAGCGUAAGGAACCUCUGACCUCUGAUUCUUUACCCCCCUAAAGGCUGGCUUCCUGAAAGGCCUUCCUGAAAUGCCUGCUCUCCACUCAGGCUCAUUUCAUAUAACAAACUUCUCUCUAAUUGGGUGAUUGUAUCAGAUCAGACUUACUUACUCCUCUUCACUCCCUGAGGAGCGUAGGGCCACAGCAAGGUCAUGCAAUACCGGGCGGUCCUUUGCAGUUGAGAUUAGAUAAGAUGUAGUCUCUAUUUGAGAUGGUUUAUUAAUAGUACUGAUGGAGUUUGAGUACUGGUCAGGUUUGCCUCUUCUGAUCUGCUUGUGCAGACUCUUAUUAUAACUCCAGUUCCUCCUAGCUAAAUAGAAAGUAGCAGUUACCUUAGCCCUGUAUUAGUCCCCCUGUUAAUGAUCAAACCAGGAGUAUUCACUGGGCUCAAUGGGCUGGUACUCAUCAGGGCUCUGAUGUUCCUGUAACUGAAAUAGCGAUCAAAGGGAUGCCCAUGUUAAGAUGACUGUUUAAAUCAGUUUAGAUUUGAAUCUUAGUUACAGGACGACCAUGGGUCUGAUCGCUUUUUCUCUCCUCUACCCACCCUUGUGUUCAGGUGAUAGAGUUUGAUGACGGCUCAGGGUCCGUCCUGCGUAUCCAGCCCCUGCGGACUCACAGGGACGAGGCCAUCUAUGAGUGUACUGCCACCAACAGUGUGGGAGAGAUCAACACCAGCGCCAAACUCACCGUCCUGGAAGGUAGGAUACACCUCGCUCACUCCUUCUCUCUGUCGCUCUCUCUCUCAGUAAUUUUAUUUGUAGCUUUCUCUCGCUCUCUCACUCACAUACACUAUCUACGCACACACACACACACACACACACACACACACACACACACACACACACACACACACACACACACACACACACACACACACACACACACACACACACACACUCUUUCCCUCUGUCUUUCUUUCUCUCUUGUUCUCUUCAUCUCACCACAAUGGGUUCCUCUGUCUUGAUCACCAUUGCUUAAUACAGUAUGUCCAUGCAGAUUCCAGCCAUGUCUGGAUGUGUGCACUACUGAUCCCAGAGGACCAGCCUGGUUGCAUGUCAGAGUGGAGAGAGCGUUUUAUGCCCUGCUCCUUCAGGUAGCCUACUGCUUGGUUGAUGAAAUAGAAACAAGAAGUCAGUUUGGGAUUUGCCGGUAGCUGUUAGAUGUUCUGAUUACACUGGGCCAAGAAUGUGUCUUGACAUCUUUAUUUGAUUACGCUUUCCGGCCAUGAAUUUACAAUCUAUCUGCAGGAAUUGAUUUUUAAAGCUACUGUAGGUGGGUCUGUGUGAAAUGUUUUUUUUAAUCUCCUGCCAGUGGGAAGAUUAAAGAUGAUGUCCAACAGCAAUUAUUUAAUCCACACUCAAAUUGAUAGAGAAAUAUAUGCACAAAAAUAUGUCCUGCUGCCAGGGUUUUUCCAAAUCACCUAGGAGCACAUUGUCUGGACUAGAAGACGAUAUUGUAGAUACCAUCAGGCUGGCUGGCUUCCUUCCUGGCUGUCACGCAAAACUCCCAAGCCUUAUUUUACAAGGCUUCAGUCUGCAUCCCAAAUGGCGCCCUAUUUCCUAUGUAGUGCACUACUUUUGACCACAGCCAUAUGGGGGAAUAGGGUGCCCUUUGGGACGCAUCCUCAGAACUACCAAAGGCCUUGUUAGGAGUGUGGCUGGGUGCUGAGUUAAUUGGUGUUAACAGGGAUCGGUAUCUGCUGAUCUAGGAUCAGAUUAAUGGUGGGAUUAACAUCAGUCUGAUGUAGAUGUAUGCAGAUAGCUUGCGGACAGAGAGAUAGAGAGAUGAAGCCAGGCAGGGGGUCUAUGUAGCAUGUAAUAGACUGGUCUCUGAUCAGUCUUAAUCUGCCUCUCGAAUGGCACCCAAUCCCCUACAUAGUGCACUACUUUUUACCAGGGCUCAUAGGGCUCUACAUAGGGUAGGGUGCCAUUUAGGAUGCAUCCAUAGGGCAGCCAUAGGGCUCUGGACAAAAGUAGUGCACUAUGUAGAGAAUAGGGUUCUGUCUGUGUUGGACCUUAGUGCUGCUGCAGCCAGUAUGAUUGGCAGACGUGCUCUCUGAGUACAGAGUGAAGACAACCUCCUGGUGUAUGCAGUGUGAUGUGUUCAGGAGAAGGACGAUGGCUGAUGGCUGACUCUAGGCUGACUCAUAGAUCGAAAGAGAGAAGGAUCGUGCUUGGGUCACGUUGCUCCCUCACACCUUACUGUACGUCAGCAUGUGAAGGUUUGGGAUCAGGAGGAUGUGACAAAGAAAGCAGUGAUGUUUUAGACAGAACUCCUGUUUGUUCCCUGUGGUUGAGCUGAGACAGGGAGGGGAGGAGAUGGAAGAGAGGAGAGAGCUGUGAGAGUAAAGGAUAAUUGGAGGAGAGGAGGAGAGGAGAGAGUAAAGGAGGAGUGGAGAAGAUGAGGAGAGGAGAGAGUAAAGGAGGACUGGAGGAGAGGAGAGAUUCAAGGAGGAGUGAAGGAGGGAGUGGUGAGAGUAGAGGGGGACUGGAGGAGAGGAGAGAGUGAAGGAGCAGAGCGGUGAGAGUAGAGGGGGACUGGAGGAGAGGAGAGGAGAGGAGGAGUGGAGAGAGCAGAGCGGUGAGAGUAGAGGGGGACUGGAGGAGAGGAGAGGAGAGGAGGAGUGAAGGAGAGAGCAGAGCGGUGAGAGUAGAGGGGGACUGGAGGAGAGGAGAGGAGAGGAGGAGUGAAGGAGAGAGCAGAGCGGUGAGAGUAGAGGGGGACUGGAGGAGAGGAGAGAGGAGAGGAGGAGUGGAGAGAGCAGAGCGGUGAGAGUAGAGGAUGGUGGAUCACGUCUCUCUCAUUAUCAGACAGCAGGGGGAGAGAGAAGGUAGUCCUGGGGCUUCAACAUGUCAUAACAGAUAUGGUGUGUGUGUGUGUGUGUAUGUGCACCACAGAGCAGAGCAGCAGAAGGUAAAGCCUUCACAGCCUUCUCAGCCUCCCUUCACAGAAAGGAGAGGCAAUGUUUUCAUGUAGAGAGAGGAGAGAGAGAAAGGGAAUGGGAGAGAGGGAGUGAAAUAGAGAGGAUUGUGAGAAGGAGAGAGAGGAGAGAGAGAGAGGGAGGGAGGGAGGGAGGGAGAGAGAUUAUUACCUGACUCAACAGGCCAGAGUGAUCUCCCUCCUUCCCUAACAUAGCCGCCAUCUCUGUGACCCAUGUCAGAUUACGCCAAGCGAGGAGUAAUGACAUCGCUGUGGCAGUCCAACGCGUGUCACUGCAACCAUCACGCUGUCGUGGAGAUGAGACAGGGGCCCCACACAGUCUAG